CCUUUUUUUGUCCGUGCGUGGCGGCUGCGGCGUUUCCCCCCCCCAGCGGCUCCCGGCUCAGCGCGAACAUGGCGGACCAGGCCCUCUCCUUCGCCAAGGACUUCCUGGCGGGCGGCGUGGCCGCGGCCAUCAGCAAAACCGCCGUGGCGCCCAUCGAGCGGGUCAAGCUGUUGCUCCAGGUACAACAUGCAAGUAAACAAAUUGCUGCUGACAAACAGUACAAGGGUAUCAUUGAUUGCGUAGUGCGUAUCCCAAAGGAGCAAGGAGUUCUGUCCUUUUGGCGUGGAAAUUUUGCAAAUGUCAUCAGAUAUUUCCCCACUCAGGCUCUCAAUUUUGCUUUCAAGGAUAAGUAUAAGCAGGUGUUCUUAGGAGGAGUGGACAAGCACACUCAAUUUUGGAGGUAUUUUGCUGGUAAUCUGGCUUCUGGUGGUGCAGCUGGUGCCACUUCUCUCUGCUUCGUCUAUCCUUUGGAUUUUGCAAGAACACGUUUGGCUGCUGACGUUGGAAAAGCUGGUGCCGACAGAGAAUUCAGAGGUCUGGGGGACUGUCUAGUCAAAAUUACCAAGUCUGAUGGUCUACGUGGCUUAUAUCAAGGGUUCAAUGUGUCUGUGCAGGGUAUCAUCAUCUAUAGAGCUGCCUACUUUGGAAUCUAUGAUACGGCAAAAGGCAUGCUCCCAGAUCCCAGAAACACUCACAUUGUGAUAAGCUGGAUGAUUGCACAAACAGUGACUUCUGUGGCUGGUGUUGUCUCCUAUCCUUUUGAUACAGUGCGGCGUCGAAUGAUGAUGCAGUCAGGACGUAAAGGAGCUGACAUCAUGUACUCCGGAACAAUUGACUGUUGGAAGAAGAUUGCCAGGGAUGAAGGAGGAAAAGCUUUUUUCAAGGGUGCAUGGUCCAACGUUCUCCGAGGCAUGGGUGGUGCUUUUGUGCUCGUGCUGUAUGAUGAAUUAAAGAAAGUAAUUUAAAAACAGCCUAACUAGAAUUGGAAACCAAGUUGAGCAGAUCAUGUAGAAUAACUUUACCAUUAUGGACCAUUGACCUUCAAGAAAUUCCUGUGUUGUCUUAUUUAUCGGGGCCAGAUCAUGUUGGUAGAUGGGGCUAGAAACUUAUCAAGGGAACUGAUCCAUUUCAAGAUUGCCUUUUUUGCAGACACUGAAACUGACAGUUCAGCAUACUGAAUUUUCUGUGUCAGUGUUGGGAUAUCAGUGGAAGUAGUUCUGGGUCCACAGAAGCAGUUUGGGCAAAGAAAGUUGUUGGGUUUUUUCUAUAUUUGCCCUCCGAUCAUUCUCUAGUUUCCUGUCUUAUAGGACCAUAAAAUUGUUUGCGUAUUUGUUUAACAAAUCAUGUCUAUUCCACAUGUACUUAAGCACUCUGUACCAUUUUGCACAGCUGAACCUUUAGCAAGUAUGUUCUUUUAAAUUGGGGCAUUCUGCUGUAAAACAAUAAACAUACUUACUCUGAAACUAA